CCUGGAGGCUCUAGGACCCAGUGUCUCUCCGCCUGCCUCUGCCCUGCUGAAGUGAAGCCUCCAGUGUCUCUCCGUGUUCCUGACUGAGCGGCUGCCUGCUGGAGCUCUGCCUCUGUUUUAUUUAUUUCCUGUGAAUAUGGAGAUAAAGGAUCCACAGACUCCCGGCAUGCACCAGCACAUGGACGACCUCCACAGAUUAACAUGCAGCCACAACUGAGCCUCUGCACCUGAGAGCUCUGCAGCUUUGGGAGCAGUUUUCUCCAGAGUUUUUUUUAAAAAUUUUGCUUCACCUGUGCAGACAGAAACAGGAGAGACACUUUCUUUUCAUUUCUUUUCUGUCCUUGUUGCAGCCUCGGCCCGUGACCCCUCUCCCCUCCCUCCCCCCUCUUUCCUCGUUCACUUGUUCAGCUGUCACUCUGUCCGUCACUCCUCAGGAUAUCCCCUUUCCCUGUUUCUAGGAUUUCAUAAUGCAUCGGGCUCUGAGUCUGUCUCAGAGCUGAGCUUCAUGUCUGCUGGACAACAUGGACACAUGGACAGAGUGCAUGGCAAUAAGGAAGGGCCACAGUCCAGAGCCGCAGAGCCUUUAACUGAACUUUAAACAACAGGAAACAGCCUGUUUAUUUAUUUAUAGAUGCUCCGACACUUUGUUUAAGAGCAGGUUUUUGUGCAUAUGUGCGUGUUUCCUGGACCUGUUGGAUCUACAGUCAUGGGCAACGCAGCAGGAAGUAUGGAGGUACCUCUCCAGAAGGAGGGGAAGCCGCCGUCGGCCCCUCAGGGCUCCACGGGGCCCCUGAAGCAAACUGCAGGGCUGAAACUCCCGAUGCCUCCUGAGGACGAGCUGGAGGAACGUUUCAGUGCAGUGCUGAACUCGAUGAAUCUGCCUCCGGACAAAGUGAAGAUCCUCAGUCAGUACGACAACGAGAAGAAGUGGGAUCUGAUCUGUGACCAGGAGCGCUUUCAGGUGAAGACCCCGUCUGCGUACCUGGACAAGCUGAAGAGUUUCCUGGAUCAUGGAGGCGUCGGUCGAAAGUUUAAGAGACGAGUCCAGGAAUCGACGCAGAUCCUCAGAGAGCUGGAGAUUUCCCUCAGGACCAAUCACAUCGGCUGGGCUCAAGAGUUCCUGAAUGAGGAAAACCGUGGACUAGACGUCCUGGUGGAUUAUCUGUCUCACGCUCACAGCGCUGUCACGUUGGACGCAGACUGUUUGGACGGCGGCUCUCUGCCCUCAGAUAAAAACAAAAGUUUGGACAGAUCGGUGGAGGACUUGAGCAGAAGUGCCAGCAGCUCUCCGUCCCACAGUUCAUCCAAAACCAGCAAAACCUUCACUGCCAGAUUCAACUCUCUCCAAAACAGGAAGGUGGUGAGGAACUCCCGGGUCGUGAGCCAGAAAGACGACGUUCAUCUCUGCAUCAUGUGUUUACGUGCCAUCAUGAACUAUCAGUCUGGGUUCAACCUGGUGAUGAAACAUCCCAGCUGUGUCAAUGAGAUCACACUGAGCCUCAACAACAGAAACCCACGGACGAAGGCUCUGGUUCUGGAGCUGCUCGCCGCCGUGUGUCUGGUCAGAGGAGGUCAUGACAUCAUCCUCUCGGCCUUCGACAACUUCAAAGAGGUGUGUGCAGAGAGAAGCAGGUUCGAGAAGCUCAUGGAGUUUUUCCGCAGCGAAGACAACAACAUCGACUUCAUGGUGGCGUGCAUGCAGUUCAUCAACAUCGUGGUUCACUCAGUGGAGAACAUGAACUUCAGAGUUUACCUCCAGUACGAGUUCACUCGACACGAGCUGGAUGAUUAUCUGGAGAGGUUAAAGUUCACCGAGAGCGACCGGCUGCUGGUGCAGAUCCAGGCGUACCUGGACAACGUGUUCGACGUGGCAGCUCUGCUGGAGGAUGCGGAGGCGAAGAACGCUCUGCUGGAACACAUGGAGGAGCUGCAGGGACACAACACACAGCUGAGCUGCAGACUCCAGGAGAACGAGCGGGAGACGAUGGAGAAAGAUUCAGAGUUUGAGAAAAAAAUCAUUCAGACGACAAAAGAUGUGGAGCUGCUGAAGGAGGGUCUUCGGGAGUCGAGCUCUCAGGUGACUCUGCUGCAGCAGCGAGAGCGAGAGAGCGAGCUGCAGCGUGAGAGCGACCGGGAGCGAGAGAGGGACCGGGACCGGGCCACCCAGGCCCUGAGGGAGCUGGAGGUCAAAGUUCAAGCUCUGGUGGAGCAGGGGCUCGUCCGGAUGGAGCGCUCCGUGUCCGGACACCUGGAGCUCCAGGUGGUCCCUGUCAUCCAGGACGAGACUCAGAAAGCUAAAGAAGAAGCAGGUACAGGAGAUGAGGCCACGCCCACCUCCUCCGACCCUCCGCCAUGUCUUCCUGAAGUUGAAAAAUCGCCUCCACCACCGCCGCCUCCUCCCCCACCACCUCCGAGCACAACCACAGCUCCUCCUCCUACUCCUGUAGCCCCUCCUCCUCCUCCUCCUCCUCCUCCUCCUCCACCACCUGUAGCUCCACCUCCUCCUCUGCUGCCCCCUGGAGGUGGUACGACCCAGCACUCAGGUUGUAAACAAAAGAAACCGAUUCAGACCAAAUACCGCCUGCCGCUGUUGAACUGGCAGGCGCUGAAAUCCAGCCAGGUGACAGGAACCAUCUUCAACGAGCUGGACGACGAACACGUCUUAGAGGAGCUCAACAUGGCCGCCUUCGAGGAGCAGUUUAAGACCAAGGCCCAGUCCGCCCCCGUGGCCCCGGGGACCCUCAAGAUGAAACUGGCUCAUAAGACCCAGAGCAAAGUGUCUCUGAUGGAGGCCAACAGGGCCAAGAACCUGGCCAUCACCCUGCGGAAGGAGGGGAUGGCUGCGUCCGACAUCUGCUGCGCCAUCGAGACGUACAACCAGCGAGCUCUGAGUCUGGACUUCCUGGAGCUCCUGGAGCGCUUCAUCCCCUCGGAGUACGAGAUGAGGCUCAUCCACAACCACGAGUGUGAGGGCAGGCCCCUGGACGAGCUCAGCGAGGAGGACCGCUUCAUGGUGCGCUUCAGCAAGAUCCCGCGGCUCUGCCAGCGAAUCAGAGCGCUCACCUUCAUGGGCAACUUCCCCGAGAGCGUCCAGCUGAUCCAGCCCCAACUCGACGCCGUCAUCGCCGCCUCAAUGUCGAUCAAAUCCUCCGGCAAACUGAAGAAGAUCCUGGAGGUCGUCUUAGCGUUUGGGAACUACAUGAACAGCAGCAAGCGAGGAGCAGCGUACGGCUUCCGCCUGCAGAGCCUCGAUUUGUUGUUGGAAACUAAAUCCACCGACCGCAAACAGACGCUGCUGCACUUCAUCGUCAGCAUCAUCCAGGAGAAAUACCCAGAAGUCCAGAGUUUCUACUCGGAGCUGCACUUCCUGGACAAAGCCUCGAUGGUGUCUCUGGACAGCAUCCUGCAGGACGUGCGAGCUCUGGAGCGCGGCAUGGAGGCGACCGCCGCCGAGUUCUCUCUGGAACAACAGAAUCCCGUCCUGCAGACGUUCCUCAGCACAAACACCGAGCUGCUCGACUCCCUGGUGGCUGAUGGGAAAACUGCACAGGAUGUGUACGACUCGGCUGUGGAGUACUUUGGAGAAAACUCCAAGACGACUCCUCCCUCCAUGUUCUUCCCAGUUUUUGUCAGAUUCAUCAAAGCGUACAAGCAAGCGGAGCAGGACAACGAGCAGAAGAGGAAACUUGUCCUGAACUGUGAAACUCCGUCGACUCCCAGUAAACCUGACGUCAUGGAGAACAAGGUUGCCACGGUGACCAGGCUGCCGCAGAUGGACUUGAUAGCGGAGCUGAAGAGGAGGCAGGUGUCUCCGCUGGUGAGGGAGGGGAAGGACGGAGCCAUCGAGGACAUCAUCACAGCUCUAAAGUCCGUGCCCUUCACGGCUCGCUCGGCCAAACGCUCCUCUCGCCUCUUCUGCGACUCCGUGUUCAGCGACGAGAUUUAAGGAACCAGCCGUACAGGCGGGCGGACGGUGGGCGGCGCAGCGCCAAGUGGAAACCAGGACAACAGCUGCACGUGUCCUCAGACAUCUCCCUGUGAGGACGAGUCCAACACCACAUCUGAAACCUCAUCUUCAUCUUCAUCACCUGCAGCUCAAAACACGUCACGCGAGCUGAUGAAGACGACCACGAGGAAGAGUCCGAGUUUGAUUAACGCAGUGAAAUCACAGAGAAACUUUGACGGACACAUGACUCAUGAAUCAUUUUUAUAGCUUUUUGAAAAUAAAAAUACUCUCCGCAUGAUUUUUUAAUUGGGUUCAUUUUAAAUUAAAUAUGAAUUAUGGUCUGUUUCUGAAGUAGAGAUGAGAAAUUAAAUUGGAGAUUUGUAAGAGAUUUAAAUUAUUUUUAAUACUAAAGUGAAAGAAUGAUGAACUAAUACUUUAACAUUUCAACAAAUAAAGGAUUUUAUACUGUUUUCUAGUGUGAGAAGAGUUCUGUUAUUUAUGAUGAAGAGAGAGAGAAGCAGAAAACGACGACAUUUUUAUCAGUGUAAUUUUAUUUUAAAC